AAAAUUAACGUAACAAAAAAAAAAAAAAGUGGCCAUAAGAGGCGGGGCGUUGUUAUUUUCUAGGUCAACAGAUGGCGUUUUAAAAUUGUGGAUUGGGGUAGAGUGGUAGCAGAUAAGCUCUUUAUCGUAUACUUUUCCAAAUAUGAGCAUGCAGAUCCUUUUUUCAUAAGGGCAUUGAAGAGAUCUUUGUCUUAAAAACUUUCAAAAUGCCCAUUCUAGGAAGUGCGGAGAGAAAACAUACAAAAGAAGAGUCUGAUCACCUCCAGAUUCAGGGAGAAGCACGUUCUUCCAGUUUGAAGAUAACGCCUGAUCACAAGUUGUAUCAGGAAGGGCCCUCACUUUCCUUUGAAGAAGAGGCAACGCACAAUCUACCCUCAAAGUCAACUGUCAGCAUAAUGAGAGGUUCAGACAAAAGCAAGUAUUUGUGCUUCAUUUGGUCUUACAUAAUUGAGCUGCUUUUCAAUCAAAGGCAUAGUUCUUGCUGUCAUUGGCGUAAGCCAGAAUGCAUACUUUACCAAAGUCAAAAAGGAAAAUACGUCAAGGGAAAGAAGAAGAGAAUGGAGGUCUCUGUUGCAGAAUGCGUCAAGAAAACUGACAUUAACAAAGCAAUCACUGACAUUGCAAAGCUGUUUCGAGAGUAUAUUGAUGGACUAAUGAACCAUCUGUACAACAUGAAGGAUAACGCCACAUCGUAUGCUUUUCACAAUAACUGA